AGAGGAUCAAGUGGCAACAGGCAGUUUGCUGUGCUGAGAGUCAGUCUACCUGGAACCUCCUCAGCCAUGAACUCCAUUCUGUUCAUCACUGUGCUGGUUCUAUAUUCCAUGAAUGAAUCUACUUACCAGGCCCAGACAUCAAAGUGUCAACAACUGAAAGAGAGAUGUGUGGCUGCAAGAAAUGGAUGUGAAAGUGUCUGGAAUUUACUUGAAGAAGUUUGUUACAUUCCAGGUAACAGCUGUGCAGUAAAAGAUUCAUCCAACUGUAAUAAAAUAAUUCAGUUUUUAGUUGACCAGUUCCCAGAAUUUAAAGACUGCAUCUGCGUAAAAGAUAACUGCAGCAUCAGAAUGUUGUUGGGGAAAAAAUGUUCCACUGAUAAAGGGAACUUAGAGCCUUCACCCAGCAUAGAUACUCAAUUCACACCCCCGCGUCAGAUAAAAACUCCAAGGAUGGUCCUCUCAGGCCAACUUGGAAACGAUUGCUCUGUUGCAAAGGACCUCUGUCAAAGAGACAACACCUGCUUUACAAAGUACAAGAUAUUCCAGAGAGUGUGCAGAGCAGAGGUAGCAAAAUGCAGCCUACAAAUGGUGGUAGAGCAAUGCUUUGCCGCAUGGAAGUUGCUCAAGAAAACAGUGAUGGGCAACUGCACAUGUCCAGAGCCAGUGCAUAAAAGAUGCUUUAAAAUAUGGAAAAAUAUAUUUAACAACACAUGCCUACAGUCCACACAGGAAUAUCAAGACUCUGCCAUUGGGAAGGAAACCUAUACUGUUGAGGAAACUCAAAGCCGCAGUGCAGAUCAUAUGAAAGCAAAAUCACAGUGGAAGUUAUCAGCACUUUCGAACUAUGAAUACAAGCAGCCGCAAUCCUGCUUCCAGGCGAACAUGGAAUGUGUGAAUGAUGAAGUGUGUAACAAACAAUUGUCUCUAUAUCUUCAAGUGUGCCAAAUAAACGGAAGCUCUUGCGACAUAAAUCAAUGCCGUGCAGCGCUACACUCCUUCUAUACCAAUAUGCCUUUUCAGGUUGCCCAGAUGCUGACAUUUUGUGACUGUAUGCCAUCGGAUGACAACUGCCAUCAAGCCAAACAAUUCUUACAUGGCCAUCCAUGUGCCAUCAAAAUGGUUCCAACACCUACCUGUGUUCAUGUCAUGAGCUCGUGCCAAGAAAACAAGCUUUGUCGGAGAAAGUACGAGGCAUUUACAUCAAAGUGUUUAAAACACAUCAGCCAAGCCUGCCUUGAAGAAAACACCUGCCUUGAGACUCUGAAUGCAAUUGACCCAAUUUGUUCAGAAAGCACUGAAUGCAGAGCUGCUUAUGUGGACUUGUGGGGGUCUCUCCUUCGAGUCAAGUGUACCUGUGAGGCCGCACCACCAGCUGAACAGUCUGUAUGCCGGUGGUUCCAUCAUAUACUUCACGGCAAGGUCUGCUUACGCCAGAUAUCAGGUGGAAACAUUGACCUUUAUUCAUCGCAGAUAGAACUCCCUGGAAAAAUACUUCCUGUAACAGGCAAACGGUCUUCAUUUUACGACAACACAAUCAUCACUAUUCUAUACACCUCUUGCAUAAUUCUUAUCCUGGGAAUAAUCCUUUUGGCUUUGUUAAAAACCAGGGCUUGCACAACUGCUUAUCUGCCAAAGAUGAGAGAAGACAGUUUCCUCCCAAGGCCAUUUAUCAGAGAAGCUCAUGAUACCUCGACAACCUUGGCUCAUCAGUUUGGCCGAAAAUGCUCUUUCUGAUUCUUCUCCUUAACUAGCCUUUUUUAUUCUGUAAAAUCUCUUUUGAGAAAGAAAAAAAAAAGGGGGGGGAUCAAUAACAAUUGGCAAACAUUGGGCAACUUAUAACACAUAUCUAUCUGGAGUUCUUUUUUCUCUUGUACUAUUUGACUGCAUCCCUGGGAUAUUUGAUUUACAAUUAAGCCACAGGGAUACAUAUUAUAUUGAGUAGAGAACUAUAUGUUCCCAAGCUUUUAUUUGCUAAGAUAGCAUGAAUAUAAGGGCAGCGGUGGGCUUAUAGAGAGCCAGUUUGGUGUAGUGGUGAAGGCAUCAGGCUGGAAACUGGGAGGCCGUGAG